UCUUUUAGGCUAGCCACCUGCUUGCAGGUAAUUUGUGGAAAAUUUAUGGAAAGGAGCAGGAAAAGUUUCAUUCAUCAUGUCAUUCGUAUUGCAAGAUUUCGAUGUACUUGGUUUUGAUAUUGACCAUGCUUUUGUGCAAUAUAAGUUGGAAAAUCUUUUUCCAAUGGUCUACAUGAGUUUGUGCCGAAUUCUUGUGGAAAAGAAAGGAUAUCCAAAGGAGUUACUUGAUGAGCCAUUUGACACGUUAGCUGAUUUUUGCACCAGAGGUCUUAUUCUCGAUGCCAAGAAAGGAGAUCUUGUAAAAGUUGGCAAGAGUGGGAAAGUAUUGAGGGCUUCACAUGGAACAAAAAUGAUGAAUGAAAAUAUGUUGGAUGAAAAAUAUGGAAAGGACAGAAAUUGGGAUCCAUAUGAUAAAUUUAUUGAAGGAAUGAAGUCAAAAGGACAUCUUACCCGUGGUGGUAACUACAGAAUGUUCGAGAACUUCUUUGAUAUGCCAGCCAUGUUGAUGUGUGCUAGGCUUAUCGACUUGGAAAAUGACCUGGAAAGAGAUAACGACAGCUAUGUUAAAUUAUGGGGGGACGUUCUUUGGUCUUUGGUUAUGAAUUUCGACUGUAAGGCGUUUGCAGCCAACACAGGGUACUUUUUCCCAGCCAUGAAAGCAGAGCCACACAAAUACAUCAAGAAGACGUCAGAAAAGACCAAAACAUGGUUGAAAAGCCUGCGAAAAGAGGGAAAGAAACUAUUUUUGGCGACGAAUUCCCAAGCUGACUAUUCAAUGUUUGUCCUGGAUUAUGCUUUUGGUGAUGAUUGGAGGUCUUACGUUGACGUUUAUAUAAGUCGAGCUGAAAAACCGGGUUUCUUUCGCGAAGGAAAAGACUUUGUAGAAGUAGUUGACAGAAAGGAAGAGAAAAUUCCUGUGCAGAACUUGACUGAAAGUGGGAACUAUGCUUUGGGAAGUUCUUCGAAACUACAAAAAUACCUUGAGCAACUUUGCGGCAAGGAAGAUAUAAAGAUUCUAUUUUGUGGUGAUAGUUUGCUGUCAGAUGUCUACCCACCGAAUAAUUUUUCAAAAUGGCAGACUGUCGCACUUCUUGAAGAGUUGGAGUACGAGUUUGAAGAUACUGUGACAGAAAACGGACACAAAGAGGAAAGCAGUCUUGAAGAGGGAACAAAGAGAAAGAAACAGAAAUUGAGCAAUGAAGGAAAAAUGCGCAGAGAUAUUCUCACAUGUUCAUCAUGGGGAUCAUUGUUUUGUGAAAAAGAUGAAUCGAUGGAUACAAUAUUUGGUCAUCUUGUGAGCAAAUACAGCUCAUUGGUUGUCGCUUCCCUUGACGCUAUCUCAGGCUUGCCUAUCGAUCACGUCUUCGAGAAGGGCUUAGUUGAAGGAACAAGUUUUUAUCCGCAAGCUCCUCAUACUUCGAAGUAAACAAGACAAUUUUAUUUGAUCGUGUUGAUGAACAAAGCGCAUAGUGAUAAAUCACCUGUUAAAUUAAUCGACGAUCAAUUAUACUUGGUAUAAGCAGAAAUCGAACGUAAAUUACAAAGAUUAUACUCAAAUAUACAAAAUUCUCACCUCA